AUGACAUGGAACGUCGUUGUUUUAAUGUUUUGUUUAUGUUUUCCCAUAUUAACGCAAAGUCUUGAAUGUUAUUCGUGCGUUAAAGUAAGUCCUCCGUGUUUAUGUUCGAAAUCCUGCGACAAAGUUCAUCCCCCGUGUUCGUCACCGUUCGAAGAAUCACACAAAGCGACUUGUCAAGACGAUGAAUCUUGCGUGGCCGUGACGCAGGUACACGUCGGUAAGGUAUUGAACCUUUUCGGAUGUUAUAAUUGCGAAGAAAUGCUACGAGAAGUUCCCGGUGUCAAAUGUGAAAAAUGUACGGAAGAUUUGUGUAACACAAAAGCUCCGACAUCUUGCGAUAUGACCUCAGGUGAAAUUGAUUGA